AUGGGGUGUAUACAGUCCAAACCGGCUGUCAAGGACCCGUUACCAGACCGAGUCAGCGAAGAUGAAAGUGGAUUGACGAAAAUUGACGAAACAUUGCAAUCGCAAGCCAAGGUAGCGUCGGGUCGCAGCGUUGACGAUGCGACAGCUGGGAAAUCGGCUUCGGGUCGCCUGCCGUCGCUUUUCAGUAAAAGCCGUCGCAGGGAUGACCAGGGCGACAGCACGGACAACGGCGACGACAAAGGCGUGGAGUCGUCGCCGCGGGAAGCGACGGGCAUCCACUGUUUGCCAACGGGGGGCGUCCGCGGAUUCAAGUCCUCACAAUCCUCAGCCUCACCAGCAGGCGCUGCUGCUGCACCAACUGCGUCACCCACUCGAGGGGAAGCGCCUGCAGCAGAGGAGGCGACCACCCCUGUUGGCCCCAAGCUCAUCCGCUCCAAGGGCAAAAUUGAGAUCAUGGGGUUUGAAGUGGCAAACGUGAUAGUGAGGGCAAUCAACCUGCGCCAGUCGCUGCUAGAGCGGGAUAUAGAGGACCUUCGGGCGGAGGUGCUGGCAUCGGAGGGCAUAAGGAUGCUGGUCUCGGAUGAUUUCUACCACGUGUGGUGCAUUGCUGCGGAGGACAAGCGGGGCGAGUUGAGAGCAGUGGCGAGGGAUGUGGCACGGCUGGGCAAGCAAUGUCUUGACCCGGCAUUGCAUUCGCUCACACAGGCCUUUGACGCUCUCGGCACCAUGGAUGGCCCCAAGGGCCGAAUGACAUCGGUGGAGGUGGAAGGGGAGCUGCGAGCGCUGGAGGGGCAGGCGCAGAUCACAGCGGAGCUGUACCAUGAGUUGGCGAAUCUGGAGCAGCUGCAGCAGUCGUUGGACAGACGGGUGAAGCAGGACUCCGACUCCGCUGUAAACAGAGAGCUGAUAGCGCAGAUGCGGGCAGAGAUGAAGGCACAGGAGAAGAUAGUGAAGACGAUGAAGAAGAAAGGGCUUUGGUCGAAGACCAUGGAUGAGGUGGUGGAGAAGCUAGUUCAGGUGGUCAUAUUCCUGCACGACCAGAUUGUGGACGUGUUUGGGGCCGAUGUCGUGAAGGUGGGGCGCCUCAUGUCCGGCACGCCGCCUACGGCUGCUGAUCUGAGGAAGCUCGGAGUGAACGGCAUGGCGCUGCAGUACGCCAACAUUGUCAACAUGAUCGACACCAUGGUGAUGCGCCCAGCGUGUGUGGAGACUCAGAGGGAGGCCCUUUUCUCUGCUCUACCUGCUUCUGUCUGUGGGCGGUUGAAGCGCACGCUGCUCCAGUCGCAAGACAUAGAGCAGGGGUCGCCCUGCCUUCACUGCUCUGCCUGCUUCUGUCAGUGUGGUCGGUUGAAACGCACGCUGCCUCAGUCACAAGACAUAGAGCAGGAGAGCGCGGAGAGCAUCCGGCAGAAGCUGGGGGUGGUGCUGGACUGGACUGGUCUGGUUGAUAACAAGAUUUCUGCUGCUGCUGCUGCUGCUGCUGCUGCUGCUGCUGCUGCUGCUGCUGCUGCUGCUGCUGCUGCUGCUGCUGCUGCUGCUGCUGCUGCUGCUGCUGCUGCUGCUGCUGCUGCUGCUGCUGCUGCUGCUGCUGCUGCUGCUGCUGCUGCUGCUGCUGCUGCUGCUGCUGCUGCUGCUGCUGCUCGUGCGCUUGCACCAUCUACCCGCCGCUCCCUCCCCUCCGCUACCGCUCCUGCCCCUGCUGCCCCUGUUUCCCCUGCUUCCCAUGCACUAGAAGCGCUGCUGCUUCGGCUGUUCGGGCUAGACAGCAGGGUGCAGGGGCACACGGACCUGACGCUCCUGCAGACGCUGCAGCAUGUGGAUCAUCUCAAGAUGGAGCGCCUCGUGCUGCUGCUGCUCGUGGGGCUUCAGCACCUCGCCACCCCCUCCCUUCCCUCCCUCCCUUCCCUCCCUCCCUUCCCUCCCUCCCUUCCCUGCCCCACCCCUGCUGCUGUCCCUGCUCCCCCCUGCUGCCCCUGCUGCGCCCCCUACCCCCAGAAUUGCCGCUGCUUUGGCUGUAGCAACCCGCCUGCUUCCUGCUCCCACCCACCUGCCCUCCUACCCCCCCCACCUGCCGUUUUUUGUCCUUUUCCCCGCCUCUCCCCUCUCCCAGACGGUGCUCCUGCUGCUGCUCUUUCGGCUGGGUCUGAUGAGGCAGUUGCGUCUAUUCCAGAGGAUUUCCGGUUCCCGUUGCCUAAGUCCACUUCUGUGGAGUCACAGGGGGUAGCUGAAGGAGCUUCUGCAGCAGCAGGAGAAGCAGCAGGAGGAGCAGCAGGAGGAGGGGGAGGCAAGGAGGCAGAGCCGGCAGUUGUGCCGCCCAUAUCUCUCUCCCGCGCCCGUCGCAGCCUCUCAGAGAGCGUCCCAACGGUGGGCGAUUGGGAAACUCUUCCCCGGCGCAUUGCAGCAAUGGAGGAGGAGGAGAAGGCACGCGCAGAAGAAGGGGCCUCGGAUUCUGCCGCAGCAGAGGGGUUGGGCGGUGGGGAAACCGGUCGGCCUCGAUCGGCUGGGCUUGAAGCUGGUGCGGUGGAUGCGGCAGGCUCGGCCGAGCCUCCGGUGUGGCGGCAGGUCCGGCAGGCGUCUCUUACUGACGUGUCUCUGGAGCCGGUUCCUGAGGUGGAGGUGAUGGAAGGGGAGGAGGGAGAGGGCGAGGGAGAAGAGGAGGGAGAGGGGGAGAAGGGAGAGCGAGAGGAAGGAGAGGAGGAAGAGGAGGAGGUGCAUCAGAAAGAGAAGGAUGAUCUGUUGACUCCGCUAGCGUCUAAGACUGUGGGAGGUAGUGGGAGUCGACCGUCUAGCAGCAGUGGAAAGCUCGUGCCAGCUGCCGCUGCUGCCACCGCUGCUGCUGCUGGCGCUGCUGGUACUUCUGCUUCCGCAGCAGAGAAUGCCGAAUCUCCUGCUGCUGCUGCUCGUAGGGCGCUAGCUAGUGGCAUGGGCACCAGCCGGAAGAGUUUAGAAAACGCCCUUCGCAUGGGGGGUAAUGCUGGUAAACGCCCUGUGGACGCCUCCGGAGCUUUCGGAAGCCCGCUCGACCGAAGCAAGCUGCCAGGUUCGGCAGCAGGCUCGGGGCCGCCGUUGGCGGGCGAGGCUUUGCUGGCAGCGAUGACCAUGAGCCAGGGCUUUGGUCCGGCAGCCCGAGGCGCAGCUUCGGAAGAGAUGAUGGAGGCAAUGCGAGAAGCCACGUACGGCCGAAGCAGGAGCCACACCUUUGCCAUGGCGGCUCGGCCCGAACCUAACCCGAGGUUCUUCACGAAAUCCCUGAGCAGAUACAGCCUACUGAGGCGAAUGGAGGCGGAAGAAGCAGGGGGAGGUGGUGCUGGUGGCGGUGCGGGCAGCAGCAGCACUGGGGGAGGGUCGAUAUUUGUGGCGCCUCAGAGGUUCUUACCGAUGACUCCUGCAACGGUGGAUGUAGACCGGAUUCACGAUGUGAAACCGGAUCUGGACCUCACCAGUGUGGCCGCGCCUAGACUGGGAGGGAGGCUGGUGUAG